CUUCUGAGAGAAUUGCAGUGAGAACAGAAGUGUCACAACCACCUGUUACGGAAACGCCCUCAUUUAAAAAGCACACAGGAAGUAUUGCACAAGUUACACUGCGAAAAAUACCAGCAGCACUGUUUGCUGCGAGGAGAGUGAUGGGAAAGAUGCAUGGGCAGCGUCGCAUCUUCCUGCUCACCUUCAUGGUGGCUGCUGCCAUCCCGGUAUCUUUGGCUUUCAACAUUGAUAUGACAAAUCCUGAUGUCUAUACUGGUGAACAAAAUGAUUUCUUUGGCUACAAAGUGCUUCAAUUCAUGUCUGGCACGAAUAAAGGAAUAAUCGUUACUGCACCGCUACAGCUAAAUGGAUCAGGGGGAAUAUGCAAACUGGACCAAAUACAAACCACCAAGUGCUUCAACCCUGAAGACACAAAAAUACCAGUCAAGCAUUUUGGCCUGUCAAUAGCUGAGAACUCCAAACUCUCCCAAUUCACUGUUUGCAGUCCAAGUUUAAUUCAUGAAUGUUAUGGGAACUCCUAUAUGAACAGCUUGUGCUACAAGAUCACAGAUCAUCUUGUGCCAAUUUCCAAUUUCACACCGGCUUUCCAAGAAUGUGAAAAAAAGACAGUGGACCUCGUCUUUCUAUUUGAUGGAUCAAGGAGUAUGACCGAAGGAGAGUUCAACAAAAACAAAGAUUUCAUAGUGGAUAUUAUCAACAGCCUUAAGAAGUCAUCAAUCAAGUUUGCAGCAGUUCAGUUCUCCACAGAUUACCGUAAAGUUUUUGAUUUCAAAGAAUAUCUAAACGGGAACUAUCUCAACAAACUUAAGGACGAACCCCAUAUGUGGAGUCUCACCAACACACACAAAGCCCUCAAAUUUGUGUUUGAACAAAUCUUUGAGAACCCAGAGGCAGGUGCCUCUGCUGAUGCAACUAAAGUUCUGGUACUAAUCACAGAUGGAGAUCCCAGUGAUUCAGACUAUUUUAACAUUGUCAAAAAAUAUGAUGACAACAACAUUAUUCGCUUUGUCAUUGGGGUAGGGGGAAAGGCAAACCUGGAUAAAUUUAAGGGCAUUGCUUCUGAACCGAGAGAAAAAUAUGCCUUCCAAAUUGAGAACUAUGACGGACUCAAAGGAAUACUGGAAAACUUUCAAAAAAAGAUCUUUACAGUGGAAGGCUCCAAAGUCGCUCGGGCAGGAGAAAUGACUAAAGAAAUGUCUCAGAGUGGAUUCAGUGCUGUCUUCUACAAAGAUACCUUGAUUCUGGGUUCAGUGGGAUCAAACAGCUGGCGUGGUUCUCUCCAAGAACGUCGUGAAGAAAAUGAAACACAAAUUGAAGAUCCUGAAAUGCCAAUGGACUCCUACAUGGGGUACUCGAUUGCUGUUGGAGAGAAGAAUAACGCUUCUUUAUAUUUCACGGGUGCACCGAGAUUUGAGCACACAGGACAGGUCGUACUUUUCACACAUGAUGGCACAAACUGGACUACAACCCAAAGAAUAAAUGGGAAACAGAUCGGUUCCUACUUUGGCGCAGAGUUGUGCUCAGUAGAUGUCAACUCAGACGGUAACACUGAUUUCCUGCUGGUAGGAGCUCCACUGUUUUACCAGCCUCAGGAAAUGAAAGAAGGCCAGAUCUACAUCUACACACUGACUGAUAAGUUGAAACUGGAAAGUGAACUGGCUGUGACUGCACCAUCCAUGGGGAGAUUUGGCACCACCAUAUCCAGUCUUGCAGAUCUGAAUGGAGAUGGACUCAAAGACGUUGCUGUUGGAGCCCCCCUUCAGGAUGAUAACAGGGGGGCAGUCUACAUCUACCUUGGUGACAGACACAGAGGGAUCCGCAGCACUUUCAGCCAGAGAAUCAUGGGACAGAAAAUAAUGCCUGGGCUGAGGUUCUUUGGACAGGCCAUUGCUGGGGACAUUGAUCUUGGGCAAGACGGACUCCCAGAUAUUGUGGUCGGCUCACAAGGCACUGCUGUUGUCUUAAGGUCCAGGCCCAUUUUUAAUGUCAAGUCACGUCUCUCUUUUCAACCUAAAGAGUUAAAAACUGAUUCAAUUGACUGCACUGGUAACACUGAUGGACAUUUACCAAUGGUUACCUUACAAGCCUGCUUUGAAAUGGUAGAAACAACAAAGUGCAAAGCAGCGGCAAUGGACCUAGGACUGAACAUCUCGUACACACUCACUGUGGAUCCCAAGAGACAAACGUAUCGAGGUUUCUUCAGUGAAACCGACAAGAAAGCAAGGAAUAUCACCUCUACCUACGAGCUGAUUGAUGCAAACACCUGCUUCAACUUCUCCAUCUACAUGCCAAAAUGUGUGAAAGACACAUUAUUGCCCAUCAUCAUCAAACUAAACUUUUCCCAAGUUGACAGUGAGAGUGCAAGUGCUGUCCUGAACAUGGACAGCGAAACGCAGGCUGUUGUUCAGGUUCCCUUUGAAAAGCACUGUAAAACAAAUGACAGCUGUAUUGCUGAACUUGAGGUGGAUUUCGACUUCAUGACCCCAACAUUAUUGGUGGCUGAAAAUACGUACUUCAAAGUGUCUGUGACACUGUCCAAUCGUGGAGAUGACUCAUACCACACCAGCCUAACAAUGCACUAUCCUCCAGGCCUCUCCUUCUCCAGGAUGACUCUUGCAAACUCAACGAGAUCAACGCUCCACAGCUGUCAAGAUCUACAUGGAGUACGCAACAAAACUAUAUGUAAUGUCAGCCCUCCUGUGUUUCGCAGAUCAUCUGCAACAUUUACAACUUAUUUUCACAUCUUGAAGGAAUAUGAGUGGGAAGACACAUUGUUGAUGACCAUUACUGGAAAAAGUGAUAAUGCAAACUCCAGCAGGACCAAUUCCCGGACCAAAAACAUCACAGUGCAAUUUGAUAUUAAAAUGGCAGUCACUAUGAAAGAAGACCCUAUCACUUAUCUGAACUUCACACCAGAGGAUACUGGACCGAAAAGAAUGGUUACUACAUAUCAGAUAGAUAAUCUUGGUUUCAAAGCCUUUCCUGUCAAUGUGUCCGUGUUCUUCCCAACUAAACUGGGACAUAACUUUGAAAUGAUGAACUAUCAAGUCUAUGUCCAGCAGAACAAAACUCAAUGCACAGGCGUUACCGACAUGAAAUCUGAAUACUGCUCGCCAGAAAAAAAAUGCAAAGUCAUAGUGUGUGACAGUUUCAUCCUGGAGAGAGAAUCACCCACUGAGAUUACACUGUCAGGACACGUACACUUUAAGGAUCUAAAUCAGCAUGCGGCGAAUAUUGACUUUCUUAAACGAUAUACCGGAGACAGCGCAGAGGUUAAAUUUAAAAGCUUUAUACGUGUUGACUAUGACAAGCAACGAUAUGUGCUGAAUUCUAACAAACCACAGGAGAUGUCUGGCAACAUUCCAAUCGGGACAAUGACUGAAGUUCGUGUUGAGUUCAUAAUCCUCCCGGAUAAAGUGCUGAUCAUUGCAACUGGAGCUGGAAUGGGAUUCUUACUUCUGCUCAUAAUCACAGUCAUCAUGUUUAAGUUGGGUUGCUUUAAGAGGAAAACACCUGACUAUUGUGAAGACCAGGAGGAAAAAACUGCUCUUCAGCCCCCCACUGACACCACCAACGGGAUAGUCAUCAAGUCAGAGACUGACUGCAUAUCUGACCAUUCUUCAGAGGACAAAAAUCUUGAUGAUGGUGAGGCCAAAGGCAGCACUCCGUAACCCACCCCAAAUCUAAUGGUUGUGUUUAAAACUUUUAAGCAGGGAUGAUGUGAUUGUGUGAUCAACAUUUGUCAUCAUAAUAGGACAUUUUGUACAUUCAUCCAAGCUAAUUUGAACUGAAGCUAAAAUAUUCCUUCAGAUAUAACACAAAGUAUGAGUUUCCUAGUUUCACUUAUUAAUCAGACACAAAUAGGCCUGCUGAGUUUGGAUUUCCAUUUCUACUAUCUCACCAGUAAGGUUUUUCCCUCCUGUGGAUUUGGAGGAUCGUGUCAGAUACAUAUUUUUUCUUUUAGACUGAGCUGAAACAGUUACUGGGUUGUGCACAACUAAAUUAAAGGGACUAUUGCUGCAGCAAAACUUAAAAUGUAGUUUCUGGCCAGAACAUUCUUUUGUUGGACAUUUUCAAUAUUACUAUUUUCUUGAAAAGUGUUAGUGUGUUUGUGUUUUCAUUCUCUGUCUGAAGUCAAUAAUCAUCUACAGCCAAAGACUAAUUAGUUAUUAAGUGCCAAUGCAUUGGAUUUCUAUCUUAUCUUUAUCCCUCAAACCAGGACAUUACUAAAAGUAUUGAAAUAGUGAUCACAUACCAUGAGGUGUUUUUGCAGGUAAUGUUGAAGGCUGAUUAGAACCUGGUUACAACUCCGUCAACUGAUACAGAGGAGGACCUGGAAUACAUUUUGGCAAAUAUGCUCAUUCACUUUCUUGCUGAGAGUUAGAUGAGAAGAUUGCUGCCACUCAUGCCUGUCUGUUAAAUAUGAAGCUGGUGCAAGGGUAUGUUAGCUUAGCUUACCAUAAAGACUAAAAACAAAAAGUGUAAAAAUAACAAGUUUUAGUUUUACAGGGUGUUAUGUGUUAGUUUUUUAACCUUUGGACAGACUAGCUGUUUCCCUUCUUCUUUCAUUCUUUAUGCUAAGCUAAACCAACUGUCUCCUACUGUAGCUCCAGAUUCCAAAAGAUUCUCACUCCCAUCAUGUAAAAUACGGACGCUUGGUCAGGUGCCUUUGGCGUUGUUAUUGACGCUAAAAGUCUCCUUUAGCGUAUAUCUAAACGUGCUUUAUCUACACGCGCUUGAUCGGAACUAUUGGCGUCACCUUUGACGCAGUUAGGUUAAGGAAUAGGUCGUGGGUGGGCUUACGUUUCCAUGACACGCGGGAAGAACGGACAGUUGGGUUUAGGAAAAGAAGAACGGGACGGUUUGUUUUAGGAAGAGAAGAACGGAUGGUUGGGUUUAGGAAGAAAAGAAAGCAACGGUUGGGUUUAGUAAUACAAGAAAGCGACGGUUGGGUUUAGUAAUACAAGA